ACACUUGUUUCCAGAGCUCCUUCUCUUGAAUGUCUGAUUACAUCGCAGGUAUCACAAGCUCCCUUUAAGCCGUGAACAUUGUUUUCUGACAUUGUGUAACAGCGUAAAUAUAUUAGUUUGCAUGGGAAUGUAACGAUCGUAUAUAACAGGUCGAAAUGUGGGGGAAAAAAUUGAAUGAAAACGCCCUAAUACAUGUACUUCGACUCUUAUGUGUAUUACUUGUGUUUAGGUGCUGUUUUGAGGCCGUUUCAGAGCGAUUCCAGCGAGUUUCAGUUUCAUCAAUUCUGGAGAGGGAAACGGUAAAUAUGAAACUUGCAGGAAUCGCUCUGAAACGACCCCAAACCGUAUACUGUGUUUCGAAUUGUUAGUUACGAUCACAGGCAGCCCAACCUCAGAAUGUGACUGUUGUGACUCGAUGUAACACAACGUCUCUCUCAAAUCAGUAAGCCACAGACGAAAGCCACCUGUAUUGUGAUGACUCUGGCCCCGGUUGCUCGAAGGCUUGAUAACGCUAUCCACGGCCGGAUAAAUCGCUAUCCAGUGGAUAAGUGUUAACAAAACAAUCACUGGAUUUUGAUUCGAUUCGGCGGACGUUACAACCGGGGUCCUCUGGAAGCCGUAACUUGGCAACCGCGCUCGACUGUCGUUGUCUGCUCGUCGCCUUAAAUAUGUUGCAUGGAAAACAUUGAAGUUUGUGUCCAGAGAUUUCGCUGAACUGCCGUCGACAAACUUCCAAGAUGUCUGAAAGGAGCGAUCCAAGAGUGUCUCUGAGUAAAUAUCAAGGAGGAGGGGAAGUACCUGCUUCGUUCGAAAGAUGUGUUUUAACUGCAAUGGGCUGUAGCGAAAACCAGAUGCUUGCUGGGUAUAGCUACAGCAAUGGGAGACUGGAGAUUUAUCCUAGUGCCCAAGGUGUCAAGUUUAUGCAUCCCACUGGAUGUCCUUGUCGUUUUCUUACGGGAUCAGAUAUUGCUAACAUUCCAGAGAGUACGACACGUCAAGGAGUUAAGGUAGCAGUAGCUGGUUUGCUGGAAUCAUCAGACGGCCAUGUACUGCUUACAAGGCGAGCACAACACAUGCGGACAUUCCCUUGUGUAUGGGUUCCUCCAGGUGGUCACGUAGAGCCAGGAGAACCACUCAAUCAAGCGUUUCUUAGAGAGCUAUCUGAAGAAACUGGAUUGACAUUUUCAGAGGGAGACGUUAACCUGUCAACCCUCGGACUUUGGGAGUCAGUGUUUCCUCCCAUUCUAUCAAAUGGUCUACCUGUAAGGCACCAUGUCAUUGUGUACUUCCUAGCCCGCGCCCAGGAAGACCAUCGCACACUGCAGGGUCGACUCAGCCUGCAACACAAAGAGGUUGAUGCAUCGACAUGGCUUGACGAGGCGACUGCCACUGAGGCGGCGCAAAGCGAUGACUUCGGACAAUCGAGAAAAGUGCCACAACGAUAUUUCAAGGCUACUGUGAUUGAAAAUUCCCAGCCAGUUGAGAAAAACCUUCCAUUAUCAAUCCUGAUGUCAUCCCUACCCCCCUCGGGAGCAAAUGCGCAGGAGCGAAACAUAGAGCGACUCUCCACUGGAACCAAGUUUGCACUUCGACAGUGGUUACAAUUCCUCUACUCCCCUCCCCCAGGGGGUUUUCAACGGGGAGACUCAUAUGACACAGUGUUUCAGGAAAUAACAAAAGCUGGCCAUCAACCUGUAAAAAGCCCCUUUUGGGGAAAAUAGAAAUUGUUUGAAUUGUUAAAUGAACGAUGUCCCAGUGGAACACCCCAGACGGGAGUGGGUGGGAAGAACAGUUCCACAAACACAAUAGCGCAAUUGCACGAUUUCGUCAUUUGACUACAAUUUAUCUCUUUUUUCCUUUACUAAUGCGAUAAUAAUCACGGGAAAAAGAAAUCGUAAAGCGGUCCGGUUCUUUUAGCAUGCAAAUCGCCUAUUUUCAUUUGCACUAGCUGGAAAACUUUGAACUCAAAGCAAGUCAUAUCUUCCGGAAACGCUCAGUUGCAGUCGAACUCGUUCCUGAACAAUACUCGGACCGCUACGAACGUGCUCGAGACUCUCCACAUUGAACGUUUUUACAUAACGUCUCGGCAGCCAUAUUUGUGUUCCAAAACAAUGAAAUGGCCGCCAUGUUGGUGUACCAAACCAAUCCUGUGGGAGUUGAACUCUUUUCUAAUGUAAACACUUUUUUUUAUUCCCACAAAUUUGCCUGGAUCCACGUGACUGAAAACGCUCUUUUUAAAAUAACGUCACCUGUAAUAUAUUGAUAGAGAUAAGAACUAUCUUACAUUUGUGACAAGCUUUGUUACAAUUAUUUAGCACCAAGGGCUAAUGGAAUAAUAAAUCUGGAAUGUUUGCA